AUGUCAUUCCAUUUAUUUAAUUCUAAUGCUAUUGAAUGGACAUCGGAAUGGUUUGAAAAAUUAACAGUGGUGUUGGUUUUGAUUAUUGGAUUACUUGGUUUUGUGGGAAAUGUUGUGACCAUCUGUACAGUUUUAUGUCAUAAAAAAUUUCACACUCCAACAUUUGUUGCCAUCAGUUGCCUUGCAUUGUCUGAUACUCUAAAUAUCAUCAAAAUGUUUCUGGAUAAAUUUUCUAAUUGGAAUGUUUAUUUUUACGUUCAACUAAAGUUAGAAAGGGAUUUUUGGGUAAUAAUUAUUUCGCUAAUGCAAACAAUUGAAUAUUGUUCAAAUAUAUACAUUGUGUUUCUCGCUAUGAUCAGAUAUUUAUUAACAGUCCAGCCCUUAGAGAGCAAGAUACGACUUACCGCGUCAAUUGUUAUGGUAUGCUCUAUUAUGAUCUGGCUUUACGCUUCACUUUUUUCAGCUUUUAUAUUUGUAAUGAUAUUCUUUAUUUUUAAAAAUUCUCCCCGCCAAUUUGAAAUGCGGCGACUAUUAAUAAUAAUCAUUAAUAUACUUUGGGAACUGCUUUCUCUUUGUGCAAUCAUUAUUAUACAUACCAAAAAGAUGAAAGCUUUAAAAAACUCUUCUGUUAGAAACAACAUCUACAGAAGAAUGAACGAAACAAUUUCUGAAGAUCACUUUUACAUCCUAGUUAGAGAAAAUGAAACUAGUUGA